CUAUAAGCUAUUAAGGUACACAUGCAAAUUUUAUAAUAAACCUAAUCACUAAUUAUAAUAGUUCAUACUCAGAUUUUUAUACUGUAUCACUAUCAAUCAUAAAAUAUAUCUAUCUUUGUCAUAAUAUGCUUUUUUGAAAUUAUAUUUUAUUAAUUUACAUUAAAUAAUACAUAUUCCCAUUUUCAUAUUUUCUAAGUUCUCUAAAUAGUAAAAAUUGUAAUCAUAAAAAGCUUGUAAUUAUAUGUUUUUAGAACUGUGAUUUUCUAUUUCUAUCGUGUUACAAAAUUUAAGAUUGCAUUUAUUCUGUUGUUUUAUUUAUAUUAGCUCUCGCAAUUGUUUAAAAUAAUGAUUAUAUUUAUUUUUUACUCUCUUGAAGUAUCAAUUUCUGAAUACAUCAGAAGUUUACAAAAACAUUAACUAAUAAUUAUAAAAAAAAUAUUAUUGACUUCAAUUUAGCUAAUGCAAUUUUGAAUCUCUUUGACUUUCCAGUUUAUAUAAAAAAAAAUAUUUCUUGUUUAUUUUGAAUAAAUAUUGGGAGUUCUAAUUCUUAAAUUUGUAACUAUAUGUAGUAAAUUUGUUCAGUCAGUUUUUUGCAACUGAGUGAUGUUACUCAAAGUAUUAUUUUGGAAUUUACAGGAAAUGAUGUCAAAAGAUAUGGCUAAAAUAAAUCAAGAUAUGCUAAUGCUAAGGGAUGACCAGACUCCUAAAGUUGGAGCUAGCUUGAGCCAAUCUAAACGAAGGAAGAUUUCAAUUGUUGGCAUUAAACCCAACAUACCUGACCUGAAUGUGAAACCUUGUUAUGAUUCCGAUGAGGAAGAAAAAGGAGAAGUUACAAAUAUAUUUCAGAAUCUUGCAGGUUUAAAAUCUCAUGAUGGAUGCUAUGUUCAUCAUAAGCUUUUGUACGAGCUUGAGGUCGAGAUCUUUGCUCGUCUUCCAUGCUUCGAAUACUGGAAACUGCAGUUUCUUAACAAGAAAUUUUUGCAGUUGUUAAAAAGUGGUGAAAUUUUCAGGGUGAGACAAGAAAAGGGACUUGUAAAACCCUACGUGAUUUUGCAUUCAGGGGCUGGAUCAAAUUGGGAAAUGUUUGAUAAGGAUUUUAAAACCUUUCAGAGACUUCCUAAAGUUCCUUCUUCUGACUAUUGCUUUUUCCACAGCGAUAAGGAAACAAUAUGUGUGGGUACUCAACUAAUUGUCAUUGGAAGAGAAAUAGAGGGAAUUGUGGUGUUUCGCUACGAGCUAGAGAAUCAUAAGUGGUUCAAAGGUCCUUCAAUGAUCACACCGAGGGUCAUGUACGGUUCUGCUAGCCAUGGAAAAACCGCAUUCUUUGCAGGAGGCAUUCAAAUGGAUGACAAUGGAAACCCUAUUGUUGUGCGAACUGUGGAAAAGUAUAAUGCUGAUGCAAAAAGUUGGACUAUGAUUAAUGGAAUGCAUAAAGCAAGGAAGUUCAGCUCAGGAUGUUUCUUGCGUGGAAAAUUUUAUGUCCUCGGUGGCAGAGAUGAGAAUGAUAAACACCUCACUUGUGGAGAAAGUUAUGAUGAGACCACAAAUUCUUGGGAGUUGAUACCUGACAUGUUGAAAGACAUGACAUUCAUUACGCCUUCCCAAUCUCCGCCUCUUAUAGCUGUGGUUGAUGACAAUCUAUACAUGUUGGAGACAUCUUUGAACGAGCUUCGCGUAUAUGAUAUAAACACAAAUAUUUGGAAGAAACUUGGUGUUGUCCCUGUGAGCACAAACACUACCUUUGGUUGGGGGACUGCGUUUAAAUCGAUGGGAGAUAGACUUCUGGUUGUUGGCUCUUCUCACUCUUGGCAUAGGAAAGGAAUAGUCUACUCAUGCCGUCCUUCUCCAGACGUGGAAGAGCAGCACUGGGAAGAAUUAAAAUAUUGGUGCAGUGGUGCUAAGCUCCCACAGUUUAUUCAUAACUGCUGUGUGAUGUUUGCUUAAAGUUGUUUCCGAGGCAAACUUGUUUUGUAUUUGUGCUUACAAUAAUUUUGUGGCCAUGACGCCCAAAACAAUUAAAAUUGUGGUUUUAUGUUGUUUUUGUUUUCUGAAUUUUUGUUUUGCAUUUGAGAUACAAAUGUUGUUGUUUUUCGUUUAUCUUAAGUGCUUAUGUUUGUGAAAAAAACAAAGAUUAAUGUUGUUUAUGUAAUGAUUAUUGAAUUUUAUUGUUUUGCUUUUCCCCUCUUUAGACAUUAAUGUCACCUAAUCAUGUUCAUUUAAAAUCUCUAUCAUGUUUCAGUUUGUUUUUUCAAAAAUAUAGGUUUACAAAAUUAUAUACCACACUGAAAUCAUAUCUAAUUUUUACUUGCUUGGUUUGGAUAACUAGAAUUUUCAGGUUAUUUGGUUUUAACCAUAAACAAUGGUUGUAUUUUUUAAAAAUAAAAUUGCCUAUUUCAUUUUACAUGGUUAGAUGAUGGAUUUACUAAAAACAUAGAAUGUACUAAUUUAAUUUUGGUAAGAAAAAUUAUUAUAUUUUAUGUGAACCCAAAUUGUAUUAUUUACACAGAGGAGUUGCAAAAUAAUGGAGUUAUAAAUAAUUAAAAAUAAGAAAGCAACAGUUAUGACAAAUGUGCUUGUUUUUCUAUAAAUAAUGAUAAGAAAAAUGUUAUUAUUUUUAAAAUAUUAUUCAUCAGUUUGAUAUUAGUGGCUUGAUCCCCGUCACUAGUUACUAGAUAAUCCCAAUUUGAAAAUCCAUGAUCAACGAUUUGACUUCACUAUAUUUUUUUUCUUUGAAGCCGAUUUAAGGAACAAUUCGAAGCUAUAGGGGCAUCAGAUUUUUCUUCGUAGAAGUGAACAUUGUGAGCUACUUAAAAGGGUAUCAGAGAAGCCGCAAAAUAUCUAUUGCUUUAUAAUAAAAAAUACUUUUUUAUAAUCUAAGAGUAACUAAAUACAGUUUGGUUUGAAUCAGGUUAAUCAUAGGGUGUUAAAUUAAUACUUGACUUUCUAUUUCUAAAGUUUAUGUGUUAUAUAUACAAAUCGACUUUGAUCGAAGAAAAAAUA